AUGUCACAAGCAGAAUCGAAGGCUGCACCUGUCAAACCUAAAAGGAAGCUCGCAAAGGAUUUGAAAAAGAAGGAAAAGGAAGAGAGACACUCUAAAAGCGACUGGAAAUCACAUUUGUUCACCGAUACUUGCGUCCAAGUGACCGCCUGGUUAUUGCUCACCGUAGGUUUGUGCAUAAUUGCGAGCACUAUUUAUGUGGGAGUUCUAAUACAAGCAAAAAAUAAUGUAGUUUUUCACAAUGACAUUAGUACAACUGAUUAUGAGUACUUAACUGAGAGCAGUACUGCGAAUAACGGGCCAGUAAAAACGACAAUCAUGCUAAAUCAGAGCGUCAGAUCUGUCUGUGCAGAAACUACGGACGAAGAAUUAAAUGAGGGAUGCAAUGAAUAUAAAUGCAAAGUCACUUGUAUGCAGGCAAAUCAGGUGUAUGAAACACUCUACAAAGCCGGUGUGGCUACCCUCUGCCCUGCGAUCGAUGUAUUGCUGAUCAAAGAGCAAACAUUUCCAAGUGGUUUUUUGCGCAAUGACUGGAUCGACUUCCAACGGCCCGUUUCCGAGUUGGUGAUUAGUAACAGUAGUAUUACACUCAUCAAAAGCGGAGCCUUCAAUACGCCGCUAUUUACAUAUACAAAUCUGUUGUCUCUGAGUGAUUUACAAUUGAAAAGAGUCGGCAGUGGAGCGCUACUUGGAUUGCUAUCACUGCGUUAUUUAAUAAUUGACACACCAAUUAAAGAACUAAAUCGCGCCUUCUUCCAGCCGGUACAAUCGACGCUACUACAUUUACGCAUGAACUGCGGUUUGCAUGUCUUACCAGGACAACCGAUAUUCGGUGGGAGUACUUUGGCCAAACUGGAAUAUGCCGAUCUGAGCAAUAACGUAUUUACUGGUCCCUUGACCCGGCAAAUGUUUCGGGCCACUCCCAAUUUGCGUUACCUGCAUUUGUCCAAUUCGCAAAUCAGUGCCAUCAACAGUGAUGCAUUUGAAGAUCUUAAAGACGUUCUGAAAGUGCUCGAUUUGUCUGAAAACUUACUUACCACUAUAUCGAUCAAUACGAUAGGACCACUUCUGGUGGGACCAGGACGCACGCUCGUUAGCUUAGCGUUCAACAGAUGGAAUUGUGUGUGCCAAUUGCAGGAGUUCGCUGAGGCUUAUCGGAUGUUUCGUAAGCAGUUUUUAGGCACCAUAUAUUGCCAUUCACCAUUUCACCGCAAUGGUGAGACCUUGAAUAAACUUAAUUUUGAAGAUGAUGUUUGUACUGAAACAGCGACAAACAAUGGGAGAGAAACAACAGCGCUUACCACAAUCACAUACGCUACAUCUGCACCACCAAGCAAUAGCAGCCGAGUGCCGUCGUUACAAGUUGGCUCUAGUACUGAAUCCAAUUCUAAUUCUAUUUCUGGCUCCACUAGUCGUUCGAAUGUUGAGGACUCAGCAGGUGUCAUUCAAAUGCAUUGCUUGCAUAUACCGACCACGAAUGUAGCGGGCGAACAUGGAUCAACUAGAAGAAUUAAACGUUCAAUUGAAAUAGAAGUUCUUUCGACGGAACCUACUGUCUCCCUAGAGAAAACAACAAAAUCGGGAGAAGAAAGUGUAGAAAGUGAAGAAAGUACUACAAUCAAAACCAAUCCCUAUACUUGGUCAACAGCGGGGCCUGUUACUAGAAAGUCUGACAAUACUACUUCGAGUGAUGGCUUCACCACUAUCGAGACAAAGUCCACGACUAAUCCGGGUCAAAUCAUCCCUUCCAUAUCCAUGACUUACUAUAAAUUUGAGAUACCAUCAUAUACGUUCGAGUUGACUUUGAUGGCUAAUAAAUCUGUGAAAGUGUUGAUAAACAAUUACAACAGCGAAAAAACUGUAAAUAUUAUAUGGUUUAGUCGACAGAAUGAGACAAAUUUUGAAAAGAAUGAAGGUCCUGCUCAAAAUAUCGAUUAUUAUUGUGAAAAGUAUGCACAGCCAUAUUUGAUUGCAAAUGAUCUCGAUGAAAAUUGCACUUACACGUUUUGUAUGCUGCCAGUACCAGCAACACUAGAAUACACCAUCUCACCAUUUAAUUGUCUUCCUAUGUAUGUGCCACCAUCUAAAGAUGCCCACGAAAGCAUAUGGAUUUCCGAGGAUGAGAAGCAAUUCACGAUCAGCAUGUUGUGUUUGAUUUUCACUCUGUCGAUUGUCGUUGGUGGAAUUAUUGCUUACUUUGGUAUCAGAACAUACCCAGAAUUGUUGGAGGGUUCGAAAAAUGUGUUGGUGGUGAAGCGUUCCGAGUCAGAAUCAGGUUACCUGAAAAGUAUGUGUUCUAUUAAAAAGAAACCACUCAGCAGGAGAUCUACAAAGAAGCUUACAGCUUCCCUACCGGAGACUCCACCUACAUCUCUGCCACCACCGCCACCCUUCAGUGUAUCCACAUAUAAUUUGGAGCGUUUUUCAAGCAUCAAGUCAUCAUCUACAUAUUUUGAAAACUCCUUUGCCCCACCACCAUUUUCCGUUAUCGACGACCAAUAUGAAUUGCCAAAGCCAUAUCAUUACACUUGUGAUGAGGAACGUUGCGUACCCAACACCUAUGCAAUGAGUCCAUGUUCGCCACCGCCGCUGCCCAAACGAAAUCCUAGCGUUACGUCGUCGAUGGUCGCAAGCCGUACCUCAAAAAUCGAUUAAGAAGUGUCAGAA